GGCGAAGGUCUUAACUGUAACUAUGCUCUUGUGGACAGAAAGACGAAGAUGGUAUCGCCGAAUGUUCAAUCGCUAUCUCCUGUUGCUGUGUCGGGUCUAUUUGAUCCUUUGUCUGCAUCCUCUCCUCGCUGUCAGGACGACUUUGAAGACACUAGUGCCAAAGACGGCGACAACAGUCGCUGGCCUGCCAAAAAGAUGUUCCGGAAUGUCGUGACUUUCUCGCUUGAAGUGUCAGUUGGAAGGCUGGAUGAGAUCACGUGCCAUAUUUUUAUUAUUAUUAUUAUUAUUAUUCUCGUUGCUGUUGUUGUUGUUUUGGCGCGCCCAGCAGCAUCUUCGUCCCUUUCUCCACCAAUCGAAAUUUCCUUGGCCACUUGGUACCUCUUUCUUCGACUGACAUGCUUCUCUGAGCCUGGCUCCGAUUCGGCCGGUCCUUCGUCGCUCUAUCUGUCUUUCUCUCUCCCAUCCGCUCAUUCUUUAUUCAUUGAUCCCUCGCCGCCCAUCAUCUGUGCCCUACGCCUGGCAGGAGCGACGUCUUCUUCUGCGUCACUAGCCGGCGCUUCAGACCCAGCUUCCGUCUCAGACCCACGCCAGACCCAGUCUCCGGAGGCCGGGCUUCGAGGGCUCGAACGGUGGCUCACUCUGACCGGCUGUUUGCGUCAGCAGCCUGCUGCCCCAAGCCCAUCUCGCGCAGCUCAUGCCUCGACCGCCGAAGAUCGCCUCGGAUAUGGUUGUAGAGGCGAACAAUGCGCGGCGGAAACAUGCUGCAAACACGUCUUUUAG